AUGUCGGAUUCCCCCCAAUCCCCUCCCAAGGAGGUUGACCAAGGUGCACCGUCACCCGACGACGAAGCACAAAUGAAUGAGCAACAAGACCCACAGUCCGCAAACACAGCGGGUUACGAGUUUGAAGGUGUAAAGGAGCAAGACCGCUGGCUCCCUAUAGCCAAUGUCGCUCGCAUUAUGAAGAACGCCCUUCCCGAAAAUGCCAAAAUCGCAAAAGAGGCAAAGGAAUGCAUGCAAGAAUGUGUCAGCGAGUUCAUCUCCUUCAUCACGAGUGAAGCAUCGGAAAAGUGCCAACAGGAAAAGCGCAAGACAGUCAACGGUGAAGACAUUCUUUUUGCCAUGACGUCCCUCGGCUUUGAGAACUAUGCUGAAGCCCUCAAGGUUUACUUGAGCAAGUACCGCGAACAACAGAACCAAUCCAACCGAGAAAGGGUUAACAUGGACAACGGACAGUGGGGUUCCGGUACUAUGAUGGGUGAUGCCAAGGCUGAAUCUGGCGCCGGCGAAUUUGGACAUGACGGCAACAGCGUUGAAAGUGGUGCUGACCCCAACUACAUGUAUCAGCCCGGGCACAACGGUAAUGCCCCUGAAGGUUAUUAG